CACCACACACUGAAGAGACACUGCUCGAAUAUGGGCUGUACAAAGUGUGGAGCGACGAAAAUAACACAGGCGAUAUGGUCCAAGCUGACAUCGAUCAUGCAGUAGGUCAAUGUACUUGCGCUACCACAAUGGCUUCUUGGCGUCUGACUGCAUAGUGUUAUCCAUACUCGUGAUCAUUUCAUUCUGCUCAUCAUGCGAAAUCGCUGGACAAGAGACAUGAAGGCAUGAAGGACGCUUUCUUGCCUCUCGCUCGUAUUCAUACUCUCCCUCGACCAGUAAUCGCAAUCUCUCAUCACACCAUUCGUUCAUUCACAUUCCUUCUCUCUUCAUUCAGUCAUUCAAUUCUUCUCUGCAUCCCUUCCUUCACACCCUCGGGCAUUUUUUUUUUCUUGUGUACGACUCGACUGGACUAAUCCUUGUCUGGACUGCACAGCACACUUUGUCCCACCCAGUGCUAUGGCCCAAUCACAGCCUUGGCCCGUCUACAGGACGUCUAGGAAAUUAUAUACCACCACGGACGUGCCAACGGAUCCUCAACUGGUCCCACAGCGUAUCUCAACCCUCUCAGCAGCAAGAAGUUACGGCUUUCUCCUCCUAUUCCUUAUCUUCAACGCAACCCUCACAUCACCCUCGCUCGCUGCAACAUUCGAGGUCAUGGUCUCCAAGCCCGUCAUUCAGUCUGACCCAUUUAUCAACGCCGCGUCUAGGAGCGUAUUAGGACAAGGAGGCAGCAAACUCUUUACCUCAAAGUACUUGGGAAACUCGGUCGUCACCAACGCCAAGAACCUGGGCUACUCCGGAACCAUGAUCCUAGGAGACCCGCCGCAAUCCUUCGAAGUUAUCUUUGACACGGGAAGCGAUAUGAUUGUGAUCACCUCGAACAAGUGUCAGGGGUUGCACUGCAGCGACAUGGCCCAUUACACCUGCAUCUCCUGCGCAAAGACCCUUUACUCUUACAACAUCUCGUACGGCGAUGGUACCUGGGGCAGUGGACCUAUCGUGACGGAUAAGGUCACUAUUGGUGGGCUUGAUAUCAAGAACCAGCAGAUCUUAGACGUCACGCGGAGCGGACUCGAUCUGUCGUCGUACGGACCAGGAAUCUCUGGUCUGGUGGGUCUCAUGCCUAGUUCGCCCGUCCUUAAUGCGAUUCCACCACUGGCGACCAUCUAUAAGAGCAAAUUGCUGGAUAUGAACGUGUUCUCAGUCUAUUUGACAUCGACCCUCAAGAAGAAUCAAGGUGGGUCCUUUCUUUUUGGCGGGAUCGAUCGCACAAAAUUCACAGGAUCACUCAAUCAGGUACCAAUCUCCACCACCCCGAGUGUCCGCGAGGGAAUGUGGUAUAUCGAUGCGGACAAUGCUUUCGUGGGCGAGACGUCUGUAGUAGGCUAUACAAAGUCGCCGUGGUUGUUCGACACUGGCACGUCGUUCAUCGCGGUCCCAACAUCGUUUGCACGGGCAUUCCAUGCCGAAAUCCCUGGGUCAGCCUACUCUGCCACGGACCAAGUCUACACGCUUCCCUGCACGGGCAACAUGACUUUUGGGAUCUCUUUUAAUGGAGUCAAGUACGAGGUUCCCUAUCUGGACUACGUGGCCAUUGCUGGUGGAGAGUCUCCGCUCUGUGUGUCGUUGGUGAUGCCAUUAGAGAAUUACGAAAUGUACAUCCUCGGGGAUCCAUUCCUUCGACAAGUGUAUGCCGUUUACGACUUCACGCCUGGAGCGAGCAGGAUCGGUUUGGCCAAGAUUAAUGUGACGAAUGCGUCGCUAGGCGACGAAGGACUCUCCGGAGAGCCUAUGCCCGGUGGCAUUGACAUUAUACCGGUGCAGCUUUCGAUAGGUCUUGGCCGGUUUGAGACCUUGGCGAUGUCUAGGACGACAUCCAGCAUGGCCACGGGCCUGAGUAUCAUCGCUAUGAUCAUGGCUAUGUUUACCUGAGAUGAGAAUCGCAUUGCGUCUUCUCCGUCUGUCCACCUUCCGUUUGUGCAACAUAGGGAGCCAGAAAUCCAAGAAUAAAUAGGAGGUUGACGUUGGCUCAGGAGUUCGCGGGAUAAUACAGGUCAGGAACGAGAUGCGCAG